AUGUAUAGAGAAAGAAUAUUACAAAUAUCAAAACAUUUAAAUCCAUCUAAUGGUUUGGAGGGACCAAAGAUUAAUAGUAUAGUUGUUGGUAAUAAACAAGUUGCUUUAGAUACAGACUUUAAGAUUGAUGUUCAAAGAUUAAAGCUUGAAUUGGAUUCACCUCAAUUGUCAGCCUACAAAGAUCAAGUUAGAGAGUUUAUCAAGAAUGAACCAUUACUCAAAUCACCUGUUGGUAUUCCACCCGACCAAUACAAAGAAUUGGUACUUCAACAACUAGUAAAGGUUGCUCAAAGUGGUCUAGUUAAAUGUACUGAUGUUAGAGAUAGAAUUGCUCAUUUCUGUUCUGCUGUUGAAAUAUUAGGAUUGUAUAAUAAUAAUCUUUGUACUAAAAUGUUUGUACAUUAUAGUUUGUUUGGAGGUACAGUUACAUUGUUGGGUACUGAACGUCAUGAAAAGUAUAUUGAUAUGGUGACUAAUGCUACACAUGUUGGAUGUUUCUCAAUGACAGAGAUUGGACAUGGAAGUAAUGUACGUGGACUUGAAACCACGGCCAAGUAUGAUGUCAAGACACAAGAGUUUGUCAUUCAUUCACCUACUCUAUCGAGUCACAAGUUUUGGAUUGGUGGUGCUGGUCUGCAUGGUCGUCUCACUUCUGUGUUUGCUAGAUUGAUUACUCCUGAUGGUGUUGAUCAUGGAGUACACUGUUUUGUCGUACCUAUUCGUGACGAGCAUCUCAAAGUACUCCCAGGUAUCACUAUCACCGACUGUGGUCUAAAACAUGGUUUGAAUGGUGUUGACAAUGGUAAAUUACAAUUCACUCAUGUCCGUAUUCCUCGUGAGAAUCUUCUCAACAAGACUGCUGAUAUCUCUCCAGACGGAAUCUACAAAUCUCAAUAUGCAACACCUAUAAAGAACUUUGCUGCUACUAUGGCCCCUUUUAUUGGUGGUAGAUUAUAUGUUACAAAGAGUUCAGCAGCAGCAUCAAGAGUAUGUUUGGCGAUUGCCAUUCGAUUUGCACACUAUCGCAAACAAUUUGGACCAUCUGACAAUCAAGAAUUACCAAUCAUUACAUUACCACAACACCAACGUAGAUUGAUGGUGCCAUUGGCUCGUACCAUUGUCUAUGACUUUUUCCUUCACUCUCUUGAAAAUCAAUUACAAUCAAAGAAUGCUCCAAAUACAAUUCAUCCACAUUGUUCAGGUAUUAAAGCAAUGUAUUCAUGGCAUUCAAUUAGUACGAUGCAAGUAUGUAGAGAAGCAUGUGGCGGUCAAGGUUUCAGAUCGGACAAUUUAAUUGCAGAAUUCAAGGCAGACUGUGAUGUCAACUCUACCUAUGAAGGUGAUAACACUGUAUUGGUUCAACAAGUUGCCAAAUAUUUAUUAUCUCAAAAAUCAUCUUCAAAAGAUAAUAUUAAAAAAUUUGAUCAAAUUCAACAAUUAUACAAUUUAAAUGAAUUAUUGGUAUUAUUUAAAUCAAGAGAACAAUUAAAGAUUGAAGAAUUAAAGGGAUUGGUAGGAAAGAAUAGCUACCAAUCAUUUAAUGAUGCAGUUCCAUGGGCAGUUCGUACUACAUUUGCCUAUAUGGAUCGUGUUAUUUUAGAAUGUGCCAUUCAAAGAGUUCAAGCACCAAGAGUUUAUCUCCACCCAUUGGCACAUAUUGUUUUGUUGGAUACUCUUGGUCGCAUUGAAGAUGACUUGGCAUUCUUCCUAUCUCAUCAAUUGAUUACUCCAGAGAUUGCAAAUUGUAUUCCAUUUGUUAUUAUGGAUCUAUGUAAAUUCAUUACAUCUCAUUCACUUGAUAUUAUCAAAUCAUUUGAUAUUCCUGCCAAAUGUUUGCCAUCAGAAUCAUUAACUGAUAAUAUUUAUAACUAA